AUGCCGGGUACGGUUGAAGCUGCGAUGAAAUGGCUGAUUAAGCGAGACAUAGUGGACAGCGGGACAACUAUGUGGGCCUUGACUCUUUCAUCGAUACCGAGAGAAAAACAGUCGCUUUUCGGCUCCGUCCUUUUCAACCGAGGAAUCACUGGAGCACGUGCCGUCGUUUCUACGAAUGAAGUGACCAUCAUCGAAGGUUGUGAGUUUCUAAACUUUGGUUCUCAUUCGAAUGAACAACAUGGUGGAUAUCUGAAUGUAGCAUGCGGAGUAGGUAUGACUGAAGGCGAAAUGGAAGAGUUGUUCAAUCGAAUAGCCAGUGCAUAUUCAAAGUUCACCAGGAAAAACGGCUAUUUUAUGCCAGGAGUCGGUUCCAACCGCAGUACUCCCGAUGACGAUGAAGAUGAGAGUGAAUGA